CGGUUGGUUAAGAAUUGAGACUAACAAAACCAUGACCUCUCGAUCGGUGGUGUGAUGGUGAAAACCUUGUUCAGUCACGUUGUGCGCCAUCAAAUCGGCCGGGCUCACCUUCCCCUCACCGACCUCCAUGCCAACCAUGGCAUAUGCCGUGAGAUAUUCCCGGCGGGCGCGGCGUACUAAACCCACCUUGCACUCUUCAUUCGUCAGUCUUUGCAUUGACUUCUCCCCAAAAUUCCUUCAUGUCAUCUUCCCCCACAGCCCAUCCGCCUCCUCCAUAAGAUCACCCCUAACCCAAGUAAAUUACCACUGUUACACCACCAUCACAAAUAUCUAUCUUAUCUACGCAUGAAUAGGUAGGAAGCACCUGCAUUAAUGCACCUUUUGUUCAGAAGAUCUUGUUAGAAGCUGUUGCGUUGAUCGAGCAAGCAACCGUAGGAGCCUCAGCAUCGUGAGGGAAGAUGAAGUUUGGCAAGAGGCUCAAGAAGCAGGUGGAGGAGAGCCUCCCAGAGUGGAGAGACAAGUUCCUGGCGUACAAGCGCCUCAAGAGGCUCGUCCGCCUCGUCUCGGCUGCUGGUUCUUCCUCGCCCCGCCGCCGCCGCAGGGGCAGCGCCGCCGAGGAGGCCGCCUUCGUGCGCCUGCUCGACGCCGAGGUCGACCGGUUCAACGCCUUCUUCCUGGAGCGGGAGGAGGACUUCGUCAUACGGCACAGGGCACGUCGUCCGCCUUCUGCCUGCCCUCCGAUCCCCUCUCCCUCCAUACCAUACGCGUGGUGUCAAUACCGGUGUGAGUGUGACGUACGAUUGCGCGUCUUGAUCGUCGCCUGUGCUGCCCAGGAGCUGAAGGAGACGGCCAAGAAGGUGGCAGAGGACGCGUGGCGGCGGCGGCGGCCGCCGUCGGCAGCGGAGACGACGAGUGUGCGCAAGGAGAUCGUGGACCUGCACGGGGAGAUGGUACUGCUGCUCAACUACAGCGCCAUCAACUACACAGGGCUGGCCAAGAUCCUCAAGAAGUACGACAAGCGCACCGGGCGGCUCCUACGGCUGCCCUUCAUCGACAAGGUGCUCGGGCAGCCCUUCUUCGCCACGGAGCUCAUCUCCAGGCUCGUCCGCGAGUGCGAGGCCACCAUGGAGGCCGCGUUCGAGGCCAGCAGAGGCACGUCGGCCAGGACGACCCCCGUGGCCGCCGCCGGGCAGGGCAUCUUCCGGAACACCGUGGCGGCGCUGGUGACCAUGGGCGAGCUCCGCAGCGGGAGCUCCACAUACGGACACUUCUCGCUGCCACCGAUGGCCCCGCCGGAGUCCGACCUCCUGCGGUGCGUGUGCGUCCAGGUCGCCGCCGGUCCAGCGUCCAUCUGACUAUCUCGGAUUUUCUGCUGAACUCUUCGACGGCCAGUUACUGGUGCUAGCGAGAUGAGAAAUGCAGGUGCCUAUCGCAUAGUAGCUCAGCGUGCAGACAUGUACUACGCUUUCAUUUCCUAAUACAAAUUUACAGCACUUCCACUAAUUUGAAUAAGCAUUAAAGUUC